AUGGAAGGAGGAGUUGUAGAAGUUGAUGCAUCUGCCUUCAGAGAAUGUUUAUCUCUAUCAUGGAAAAAUCCUUAUGUUCUUCGCCUUGCUUUUUCUGCUGGAAUUGGUGGCCUUCUCUUUGGUUAUGACACGGGAGUGAUAUCUGGAGCCCUUCUGUAUAUCAGAGAUGAUUUCAAAGCUGUGGAUAGGAAGACUUGGCUUCAGGAAGCCAUAGUGAGUAUGGCUCUUGCUGGAGCAAUCAUAGGAGCUGCAGUUGGUGGAUGGAUCAACGAUCGAUUUGGAAGGAGAAAAGCGAUCCUUCUUGCAGACACUCUCUUCUUUAUUGGGUCUGCUGUGAUGGCUGCUGCUACCAAUCCAUCUAUUCUCAUUGUUGGUCGAGUUUUCGUUGGCCUUGGUGUUGGAAUGGCCUCUAUGGCAUCUCCCUUAUACAUCUCAGAAGCUUCUCCAUCCAGAGUUCGUGGAGCUUUAGUUAGUCUCAAUGGCUUUCUCAUUACUGGAGGACAAUUCCUUUCCUACCUCAUCAACCUCGCCUUCACCGAAGCACCAGGGACAUGGAGAUGGAUGCUAGGAGUAGCAGUAGUACCAGCUCUUGUCCAAAUCAUAUUAAUGAUUAUGUUGCCAGAAUCCCCACGUUGGUUGUUCCGAAAGGGAAGAGAAGAAGAGGGUAAAGCUAUUUUAAGGAAGAUUUAUCCACCCCGGGAAGUUGAAGCAGAAAUCAACACUCUGAGGGAAUCAGUUGAACUGGAAAUAAAGGAAGCAGAGACACAAGAUAAGGUCAGCAUAGUCAAAAUGCUGAAAACUAAAACUGUGAGAAGAGGUUUGUAUGCAGGAAUGGGCCUUCAAAUUUUCCAGCAGUUUGUGGGAAUCAACACUGUAAUGUACUACAGUCCUACCAUAGUUCAAUUAGCUGGUUUUGCAUCCAAUAGAACAGCACUUCUUCUGUCACUAGUCACAUCUGGUCUUAAUGCAUUUGGUUCUAUUUUGAGCAUAUAUUUCAUAGACAGAACAGGAAGGAAAAAGCUAGUGCUGUUCAGUUUGUGUGGUGUGGUGUUCUCCCUUGUUGUUUUAACCCUUGUGUUCCAUCAGAGUACAACUCACUCCCCAAUGGUUAGUGCAAUUGAAACCUCCCACUUCAAUAAUACUUGCCCGGAUUACAAUUCUGCUGUGAACCCUGGUGGAUGGGAUUGCAUGAAGUGCCUAAAGGCUUCUCCAGAUUGUGGCUUUUGUGCUUCUGGAGCCAAUAAGCUCCUGCCUGGGGCAUGUUUGAUCUCCAAUGACACCACAAAGGAUCAAUGUCAUAAAGAAGAUAGACUAUGGUACACCAGAGGAUGUCCUAGUAAAUUUGGAUGGCUUGCAAUAGUAGGGCUUGCACUCUACAUCAUAUUCUUCUCCCCAGGGAUGGGAACUGUGCCAUGGGUUGUGAACUCUGAGAUUUAUCCCUUGAGGUAUCGAGGAAUAUGUGGAGGCAUGGCAUCCACAUCAAAUUGGGUCUCAAACCUAAUUGUUGCCCAGUCCUUCCUAUCCUUGACACAAGCCAUUGGGACCUCAUGGACGUUUAUGAUAUUUAUAUUCAUCACCGUUGCAGCCAUCAUCUUUGUCAUUAUUUUUGUGCCAGAAACCAAAGGACUUCCAAUGGAAGAAGUGGAGAAGAUGUUGGAAGGAAGAGAACUCAACUUCAAGUUUUGGCAGAGAAGAUGA